AUGUCUUUCUACGAACUCACCCCCACCGACGCCAAGGGAAAGCCCUUCCCAUUCGAGCAAUUGGAAGGCAAGGUCGUGUUGAUUGUCAACGUGGCAUCCAAAUGUGGCUUCACGCCUCAAUACAAGGAGUUGGAGGAGCUUAACAAGAAGUACGGCGACAAGGGCUUGCAAAUCAUUGGAUUCCCAUGCAAUCAGUUUGGACACCAGGAGCCAGGUAGCAGCGAGGACAUUGAGUCAUUCUGCUCGUUGAAUUACGGAGUUACUUUCCCAGUUUUGAAUAAGAUUGAAGUGAACGGCAAAGGUGCCGAUCCAGUGUAUAAGUACUUGAAGGAUCAAAAGUCUGGUCUUUUGGGCUUGAAUCGUAUCAAGUGGAACUUUGAGAAGUUCUUGAUCAACAAAAAGGGAGAAGUUGUGGAUAGAUACUCUUCUUUUACUAAGCCACAGGACUUGGAGUCUACUAUUGAAGGAUUGUUGAAGUGA